CACGUGGGCACGGGGGACACGCCCCCAACAAAACUGGAGCUGGCAGCUACCCUCCCAGGCCUCCCGGACUUCCUAUCUUGCGCCCACGCCUCGCGCGGGUCCCAGGGCCAAACUCUCAGCGCAAGGCGGGUGAGACAGAAGGUGCGGGAGCGGAACGCCGACAGAGUCGGGAGUAGGAGGGGGAAAGGAAACUCCAGGAACGCCCCGGGAGUGACGAGGGGAGAAGAAAGCGGGGAUCACCCGGAGAAGCGACACAGAGAGAGGGAUCAGGUCCCCUGCCCCAGCCUCCUCCAAACCAAGCCGAGUAAACACACACGCCCCGCCAAGCCAGCAGCGGCUGGACACCGCCCUCCGCGCCGCUCCAACCAGACCGCGACCGCUAAGCCCCUCCUUUUGAAGAACUCUGGGGCCGCCCCCUGGAAGUUGCGGGGCGGAGGAGUGGGGGAGCUACGCGCUGCAGCGACGGAGCGGAGCGGCCCGGGCCGGGAGGCCGGCAUGGAGGGCGCGGCGGCGGACCCGUACCGACGACCCGCGCGGCGCACUCAGUGGCUGCUGAGCGCCCUGGCUCACCACUAUGGGCUGGACCGCGGCGUGGAGAACGAGAUCGUGGUGCUGGCCACCGGCCUGGACCAGUACCUGCAGGAGGUCUUCCACCACCUGGACUGCCGCGGCGCUGGCCGCCUGCCCCGUGCUGACUUUCGCGCUCUCUGCGCCGUGCUGGGGCUGCGCGCCGAGGGGGCCGCCGCCGGGGAGGCCUCUGGGGAUGCGGCCGCGGGAGACGCAAACCCUGGGGACGAGACCGCCGGGGUCGCGGCCGCUGGGGUGGCCACCGACGGGGACGCGGAUGUCGAAGAGGAGGCGCGCCUGGCGCUGCGCGCGGAGCCGCCCGAGCUCACCUUCCGCCAGUUCCACGCGCGCCUCUGCGGCUACUUCGGCACCCGCGCGGGGCCCCGGCUGCCCCGCGGUGCUCUCAGCGAACACAUCGAGACGCAGAUCCGCCUGCGCCGCCCGCGCCGCCGCCGCCGCACGCCCCGCACGCCGGCCUCGGACCGCGGCCCCGACGGCGGCAGGGACGGCGAGCUCCUGGAGCGGUUGGAGGAGGAGAACAGCAGCCUGCGCGAGCUGGUGGAGGACCUGCGUGCCGCGCUGCAGAGCAGUGACGCGCGCUGCCUAGCGCUGCAGGUCGGCCUCUGGAAGAGCCAGGCGGGCGCGCAGGAGGCUGGGCGCGGUGGGCCCGAAGCAGCGGCGCAGGAGCUGCGUCAGGCGCGGGGCGCUCUGGCGGUGGCCGAGGCCCGCGCCGCGCGGCUGCGCCAGGGCCAGGCCGAGGUGCGGCGGCGUGCGGAGGAGGCCCGGGAGGCGGUGCUGCGCAGCCUGGGCCGGGUGCGCGAGCUGGAGGCGCUGGCACGACAGGUGCCGGGCCUACAGCGCUGGGUGCGAAGGCUGGAGGGCGAGCUGCGGCGCUACAGGUCAGAGGGCACCCAACUCCCCAUCUCAUCACAAGCCAGCCCAGAGCCGGAAGCCAAGAGAGGUGACCCUCCGGACAGUGGAACCAGAAGCCCAGACAGCCCUCCAGAGGGAGCCUGGCAGUCAGACAGCGGUUCUGGUUCCGGGAGCCAACCCCUAGACGAAGUGGACGGGCAGCUGUUCCGCUCAGUGGAAGGCCAGGCCGCCUCCGACGAAGAAGAGGAGGGUGAGGAGAAGUGGCAGAAAGAGCGAAGCUCACUGGCAGAGGUCAAGACGCUGCUGGAGUACCUCUCCAGCUGCAGGAGUGGGUGUGAUGAACAGACAGCCAAGAAGCUCAAGACUUACUUCAGCCACAUUGGCAGUGGUGACGAUGCCUGCACCCUGGGACAGCUGGAGACCCACAUCACCAUGCUGGUGGAGCAUCUGGGGACCCAGAGCUGCCGUGGCAAGGCCCUGGGGACACUUGGGGAGGAGGCAGAGCUGCAGCAGAAGGUAGAAGAGAUUGAACACCUGAGGCUGGAGCUACAAAUGGUGGAGACAGAGCGGGUUCGGCUGUCCCUGCUGGAGGAGAAGCUCAUGGAUGUGCUACAGCUCCUGAAAAGGCUCCGGGACCUGAACAUAUCGAAAAGAGCCCUGGGGAAGAUUUUGCUGAACACACUGGAUGCCUGCAAGGACGCCCCACCCGAGGGGCGAUGUGGACCCUUGGCCAUCCUGGAUGCCCUGCGCCAAGCUUUGGCUGGCUGUGAGCUCCUGCAGGGAGAGCUCUCGGCACCAGCCUCCACAGCUCCUGCACUAGCUAACCCCCUUCUCAUCUCCUGCUGAGGUCACUGGCCCACCUCGGUCAGCCUGACCUCCAUCAGACCAGCCUCCAGAUCAACCUGACUGUGACCAGACCAGUUUCCUUGACCAGCCUGACCACCAUCGGAUGAGCUUCCAUGGCUACCCCAACCACCAUCACAUCCUCAGAACCCUAGAGACCCUGACUCCUGAGACUGGGCUCAACCCCAAAGCUUCCCACAACAGAGCCUGGCAGACUUCAUCUCCUUGAGUUCCUCCCAGGUUCCCUCACAGCCUCUGCAUUCCUGGUGCCACAGUUCACAUUCAAGUCCUGGGGCUGCUGGAUCAGCCCAUACCUGCUGUUGCCUCCCCUGCCCACUUUCUCAUACAGCCCAGCCCAGAAUCCCUUCCCUGGUCUCCUGGGGUCUUCUCCCCUCCCAGCACUGUCCCUUUCCUCUUACUGCUGCGCCCAACCUCCAGGCCACACCUGGCCCACUGGGGAAUCCCCACACCCCCAGAAGUGCUGAAGACCAGGCAGGGCUGGGGAACACAAGGUGGGGAUGAUUACUGCAAGUUUCUGGAGAGAGGCUGCCCUUGAACUAGCUGUAGAAGAAAGGUGGUAUUUAGAUGGACAGAGAAAGGAUUACAGGACCUGGGACACCUUUUUCCCAGGCAGAUAGUGGGUACUGAUUUCACGGAGUCAUGCGAAGGAGUAAGACAAGCUGUCUGGUCUCACCUACCUUAACAUCUCGUAGGAGAGAAAGAUACAUUGGCAAAUAGUGUGAUAUGGGUGAAAUCAGUGCCAAAUCAAGGUAAAAUAUUUUCAAGAGUCCAGCCAAGAGGGGGUCAUCUGAGCCAAAGAGGAUGGAUGCACUACAGAGUGGAACUGUAGGGGUGAGGGCAGGUGCCCAGAAGGACAGUAGCAGGUCAUAGGGGGACUCGAUGGCAGACGACAGACUGGGACUUGCUCCCACAGGCAAUCAGGAGCCAUUGGAGGAUUCUGAGCUGCCUCACAGAGGGUAGGUGGAGGGGAGUGAAGAAGAGGCAACUGCAGGACUACAGGAGGAAGGCGGCACUAGGAGCCUGGAGCCAGAGCUACAGGACACAGGAGGGGAACGUGGGAGAAGGAGGAUCAAGAGGUACCCAGUGGGGAGUCUGGGAGCAGCAGGCACUCCAGAGCAGGGUAGCAGGGACUGGGGACAGACAAUGCCUGACUGGCAUUCCUGACCUGUCUGGUCUCAGACACUCAGCAGCUUGGAUGGGGCCAGGAGGCAUCAGGGAGCCACUUCUGGGAGCCCCUACCCAGUUUCACUAUGGAUCCUCUGGGAAUGGAAUGAAUGAGACAAAGGCCAGUGGCCACUCCUGAGGGGCCACCCUACCCUUGGUCCUGUAGGAUGGGCCAGGCUUUUUUGAGAAAGUCCUCAAGACUCCUCAUGGGCCAGUGGGCAGGACUGGGCAAACACGAGUAGAACUGUGAGUUGAAAUAGAUGAAUCCACUAUUGUAUCUGGAGAAUUCAACUCCCCUCUAACAGAAAUGGACAGAUCUAGCAGGCAGAAAAUUGGUAAAGACAGAGUUGAACUCAGCAGUGCCAUCAAUCAAUGGGAUCUAAUUGACAUCAAUAGAUGACUUCAUCCCGCAGUUGCACAAUGCACGUUUUUCUCAAGCUCACAUGGACUAUUCACUAGGAUACACCACAUUCCAGGUCACAAAACACACCUCACAAAUUUCAACAUAUUCUGUAUGCUCUCAGACCACACUAGAGUUAAACUAGAAAUCAAUCAACAGAAAUAGGUAGAAAAUCCCAGAAUAUGUGGAAAUUAAACAACACAUCCCUAAAUAACACAUAGGUGAAAGAACAAAUCUCAAGGGAGACUUAACAAUACUUGGAACUAAAUGAAAACGAAAUACAGUCUACCAAAAUUUGCAGGAUACAGCAUCAGAUGCAUAUAUUGGAAAAGCAGAAGAUCUAAAAAAAUCUAAGUUUCCACCUAGAAAAAGAAGAGCAAAUUAAAUCCAAAGUAAGCAGAAGAAAAGAAGUAUUUUUUUAAAAAUUAGAGCAGAAAUCAAUGAAAUUGGAAAUAGAAAAACAGAAAAACAAUGAAACAAAAGCUAGUUCUUUGAAAAGGUCAACAGACUCAAUAGGCCUCUUGCCAGGUUAAUUGAGAAAAAGAGGGAGAAGACACACACUGCUAACAUCAGAAAUAAAUGAGGAGAUAGUACUAUAGUUGAAAAUUAUAUGGAUAAUAAAGGAAUAUUACAAAUAAUUCUAAGCCCUCAAAUCAGAUAACCUAGAUGAAAUGGAUCAGUUCCUUAAAGGACACAAUCUGCCAAAACUUGCACAAGAAGAGAUAUGAAUAGGCCUCUAUAUAUUAAAGAAACUGAAUCAAUAAUUAAUAACUUCCCAAAGAGAAAGCACCAGGCCUAAAUGGGUUCACUGGUUAAUUCUACCAAAUAUUUAAGGAAGAAAUUCUUCCAAUUUUCUACAGUAUCUUCCAGAAGAUAGAAGCAGAGGCAAUACUCCCUACUCAUUCUGAAGCUGGCAUUUCCCUAAUCAAAACUAGACAAAGAUAUUAUAAGCAAAGAGAACUACGGAGCUAUCUCUAUCAUGAACACAGAUGCAAAAGUCAUAAGAAAACUAACAAUUUGAUUCCAACAAUAUAUAAAAAGAAUUAUACACCAUAACCAAGUGGGAUUCAUCCCAGGUACGCAAGGCUAGCUCAACAUUCAAAAAUUAACUGUACUCUAUCACAUCCCACAGGCUAAAGAAGAAAAAUCACGUUUAUAUCAAUAAAUGCAGAAAAAAACAUUUGACAAAAUCUAACACCUAUCCUUGAUAAAACAAUAAUAAUAACCGUCAACAAACUAGGCAUAGGGAACCUCCUAACUCGAAAAACCUAGAGCCAACAUCACACUUAAGUGGAGAGAAACUAGAUACUUUCCCACUAAGAUCAGGAACAGGGCAAGGAUGUCCCCUCUCCCCAUUUGUUUUCAGCAUCUUGUUGGAAGUCCUAGCCAAGACAAGAGACAAGGAAAGGAAAUACAAGGUGCUUUGGACUGAAUAUUUGUAUCCCCUCAAGGUUCAUAUGUUGAAACCCUAAUUCCCAUAGGGAUAGUAGCUGGAGCUGAGGCCUCUGGGUGGGGGGAGGGGGGAGGGGGAUUGGGUCAGGAGGGUGGGGCUCUCAUGAUCAUUAGUGCCCUUCUAUAGGAGACUGCUUGCUUCUCCCUUCCUCCGUCUCUGCCAGCAGAGGAUACAAGACAAUGGUCAUCUGUAAACAAGGAAUAGGGCCCCCACCAAGAACCCAAACACCCUGGCAUGCUGAUCCAACCUUCAGAACUGUGAGAAAUAAAUGUGUGUUGCUUAAGCCUC